AUGGCCUCGGCUGGUAACGCCGCCGAGCCCCAGGACCGCAGCGGCGGCUGCAGCGGUGCCCCGGACCGGCCGGCUGGCGGCGGGAGGCGCAGACGGACCGGGGGACUGCGCCGCGCUUCCGCGCCGGACCGGGACUAUCUGCACCGGCCCAGCUACUGCGACGCCGCCUUCGCUCUGGAGCAGAUUUCCAAGGGGAAGGCUACUGGCCGGAAAGCGCCGCUGUGGCUGAGAGCGAAGUUUCAGAGACUCUUAUUUAAACUGGGUUGUUACAUUCAAAAAAACUGCGGCAAGUUCUUGGUUGUGGGCCUCCUCAUAUUUGGGGCCUUCGCUGUGGGAUUAAAGGCAGCUAAUCUCGAGACCAACGUGGAGGAGCUGUGGGUGGAAGUUGGUGGACGAGUAAGUCGUGAAUUAAAUUAUACUCGCCAGAAGAUUGGAGAAGAGGCUAUGUUUAAUCCUCAACUCAUGAUACAGACCCCGAAAGAAGAAGGUGCUAACGUCUUGACCACAGAAGCACUCCUACAACACCUGGACUCGGCGCUCCAGGCCAGCCGAGUGCAUGUGUACAUGUACAACAGGCAGUGGAAAUUGGAACAUUUGUGUUACAAAUCAGGAGAACUUAUCACAGAAACGGGUUACAUGGAUCAGAUAAUAGAAUAUCUUUACCCUUGUUUAAUUAUUACACCUUUGGACUGCUUCUGGGAAGGGGCGAAGUUACAGUCUGGGACAGCAUACCUCCUAGGUAAACCUCCUUUGCGGUGGACAAACUUUGACCCUUUGGAAUUCCUAGAAGAGUUAAAGAAAAUACACUAUCAAGUGGACAGCUGGGAGGAAAUGCUGAAUAAGGCUGAAGUUGGUCAUGGUUACAUGGACCGUCCCUGCCUCAACCCAGCCGAUCCAGACUGCCCCGUCACAGCCCCCAACAAAAAUUCAACCAAACCUCUUGAUAUGGCCCUUGUUUUGAAUGGUGGAUGUCAUGGAUUAUCUAGGAAGUAUAUGCACUGGCAGGAGGAACUGAUUGUGGGUGGCACAGUCAAGAACGGCACGGGAAAGCUGGUCAGCGCCCACGCCCUGCAGACCAUGUUCCAGUUGAUGACCCCCAAGCAAAUGUACGAGCACUUCAAGGGGUACGAGUAUGUCUCACACAUCAACUGGAACGAGGACAAGGCAGCAGCCAUCCUGGAGGCUUGGCAGAGGACAUAUGUGGAGGUGGUUCAUCAAAGCGUUGCACAGAACUCCACUCAGAAGGUGCUUUCCUUCACCACUACGACCCUGGAUGACAUCCUAAAAUCCUUCUCUGACGUCAGUGUCAUCCGAGUGGCCAGCGGCUACUUACUGAUGCUUGCCUAUGCCUGCUUAACCAUGCUGCGCUGGGACUGCUCCAAGUCCCAGGGUGCCGUGGGGCUGGCUGGUGUCCUGUUGGUUGCACUGUCAGUGGCUGCAGGAUUGGGCCUGUGCUCAUUGAUCGGAAUUUCCUUUAACGCUGCGACAACUCAGGUUUUGCCAUUUCUUGCUCUUGGCGUUGGUGUGGAUGAUGUUUUUCUUCUGGCCCAUGCCUUUAGUGAGACAGGACAGAAUAAAAGAAUCCCUUUUGAGGACAGGACCGGGGAGUGCCUCAAGCGCACAGGCGCCAGCGUGGCCCUCACGUCCAUCAGCAACGUCACAGCCUUCUUCAUGGCAGCGCUGAUCCCGAUUCCCGCUCUGCGGGCGUUCUCCCUCCAGGCGGCAGUCGUAGUGGUGUUCAAUUUUGCCAUGGUUCUGCUCAUUUUUCCUGCCAUUCUCAGCAUGGAUUUAUAUCGACGGGAGGACAGGAGAUUGGAUAUUUUCUGCUGUUUUACAAGCCCCUGUGUUAACAGAGUGAUCCAGGUCGAGCCUCAGGCCUACACAGAGACCCACGACAACACCCGAUACAGCCCCCCGCCCCCCUACAGCAGCCACAGCUUUGCCCGCGAAACGCAGAUUACCAUGCAGUCCACCGUGCAGCUCCGCACAGAGUACGACCCCCACACGCACGUGUACUACACCACCGCGGAGCCGCGCUCGGAGAUCUCCGUGCAGCCUGUCACCGUGACCCAGGACACCCUCAGCUGCCAGAGCCCCGAGAGCACCAGCUCCACAAGGGACCUGCUCUCCCAGUUCUCCGACUCCAGCCUCCACUGCCUCGAGCCCCCCUGUACCAAGUGGACGCUCUCAUCUUUUGCUGAAAAACACUAUGCUCCUUUCCUCUUGAAACCAAAAGCCAAGGUCGUGGUGAUCUUCCUUUUCCUGGGCUUGCUGGGGGUCAGCCUUUAUGGGACCACCCGAGUGAGAGAUGGGCUGGACCUCACAGACAUUGUACCUCGGGAAACCAGAGAAUAUGACUUUAUUGCUGCACAAUUCAAAUACUUUUCUUUCUACAACAUGUAUAUAGUCACACAGAAAGCAGACUACCCGAAUAUCCAGCACUUACUUUACGACCUUCACAAGAGUUUCAGUAAUGUGAAGUAUGUCAUGUUGGAAGAAAACAAACAGCUUCCCAAAAUGUGGCUGCACUACUUCAGAGACUGGCUGCAAGGACUUCAGGACGCAUUUGACAGUGACUGGGAGACUGGGAAAAUCAUGCCAAACAAUUACAAGAAUGGAUCGGACGAUGGGGUCCUUGCCUACAAACUCCUGGUGCAGACUGGCAGUGGCGACAAGCCCAUCGACAUCAGUCAGUUGACUAAACAGCGCCUGGUGGAUGCAGAUGGCAUCAUUAAUCCCAGCGCUUUCUACAUCUACCUGACGGCCUGGGUCAGCAAUGACCCCGUGGCUUACGCUGCCUCCCAGGCCAACAUCCGGCCUCACCGGCCUGAAUGGGUCCACGACAAAGCCGACUACAUGCCAGAAACAAGGCUGAGAAUCCCGGCAGCAGAGCCCAUCGAAUAUGCUCAGUUCCCAUUCUACCUCAACGGCUUGCAAGACACUGCAGACUUUGUGGAAGCGAUCGAAAAAGUAAGAACCAUCUGCAACAACUACACGAGCCUGGGUCUCUCCAGCUACCCCAACGGCUACCCCUUCCUCUUCUGGGAGCAGUACAUCGGCCUCCGCCACUGGCUGCUGCUGUCCAUCAGCGUGGUGUUGGCCUGCACGUUCCUCGUGUGCGCUGUCUUCCUUCUGAACCCCUGGACGGCCGGGAUCAUUGUGAUGGUCCUGGCCUUGAUGACCGUCGAGCUGUUCGGCAUGAUGGGCCUCAUUGGCAUCAAGCUGAGUGCCGUGCCCGUGGUCAUCCUCAUCGCCUCUGUUGGCAUCGGCGUGGAGUUCACCGUUCACGUCGCCUUGGCCUUUCUAACAGCCAUUGGUGAUAAGAACCGCAGGGCUGUGCUUGCCCUAGAGCACAUGUUUGCACCCGUCCUGGACGGUGCUGUGUCCACUCUGCUGGGCGUGCUGAUGUUAGCAGGAUCUGAGUUUGACUUCAUUGUCAGGUAUUUCUUUGCUGUCCUGGCGAUCCUCACAAUCCUGGGUGUUCUCAAUGGCCUGGUUUUGCUUCCAGUUCUUUUGUCUUUCUUUGGACCAUAUCCUGAGGUGUCUCCAGCCAAUGGCCUGAACCGGCUGCCCACCCCUUCCCCGGAGCCACCCCCUAGUGUCGUCCGGUUUGCCGUGCCCCCUGGCCACGUGAACAAUGGGUCUGAUUCCUCCGACUCGGAGUACAGCUCCCAGACGACGGUGUCCGGCAUCAGCGAGGAGCUCCGGCACUACGAGGCACAGCGGGGCGUGGGAGGCCCUGCCCACCAGGUGAUCGUGGAGGCCACGGAAAACCCUGUCUUCGCCCGUUCCACUGUGGUCCACCCCGAAUCCAGGCAUCACCCACCCUCGAACCCUCGACAGCAGCCCCACCUGGACUCUGGGUCCCUGACUCCCGGACGGCAAGGCCAGCAGCCCCGCAGGGAACCUUCCAGAGAAGGCUUGCGGCCGCCCCCCUACAGACCACGCAGAGAUGCUUUUGAAAUUCCUACUGAAGGGCAUUCUGGCCCUAGCAACAGGGACUGCUCGGGGCCCCGUGGGGCCCGUUCUCACAACCCUCGGAACCCAGCGUCCACUGCCAUAGGCAGCUCCGUGCCCGGCUACUGCCAGCCCAUCACCACUGUGACGGCUUCUGCUUCCGUGACUGUCGCUGUUCACCCUCCGCCUGCCCCUGGGCCUGCGCGGAAUCCCCGAGGGGGACUCUUCCCAGGCUACGAGGGCUACCCCGAGACUGACCAUGGGCUGUUCGAGGACCCCCACGUGCCUUUUCACGUCCGGUUUGAGAGGAGGGACUCAAAGGUGGAAGUCAUCGAGCUGCAGGACGUGGAAUGUGAGGAGAGGCCCCGGGGAAGCAGCUCCAACUGAGGGUGAUUAAAAUCUGAAGCAAAGAGGCCAAAGAUUGGGAACCCCCCCCAACUUCUUUCCAGAACUGCUUGAAGAGAACUGCUGGGAGUUAUGGAAAAGAUGUGCUGUGCCAGGACAGCAGUUCCUUGUUACUGUAACCAAUUGUAUUAUUUUGUUAAAUAUUCCUAUAAAUAUUUAAGAGGUGUACACAUAUGUAAUAUACGAAGGAAGGAUAUAAAGUAGUAUGAGCUGGGUUUCUCCACUCUUGCCCCAGAGUGGGGAGGCCACAGUCGGGCCCCUCCCAGUAUUUGUACAUUGGUCCCUGUGCCACAACCAAGCUUAACUUAGUCUUAAAUUUCAGCAUAUGUUGCUGCUGCUUAAAUAUUGUAUAAUUUACCUGUAUAAUUCUAUGCAAAUAUUGCUUGUGUAAUAGGAUUAUUUUGUAAAGGUUUCUGUUUAAAAUAUUUUAAAUUUGCAUAUCACAACCCUGUGGUAGUAUGAAAUGUUACUCUUAACUUUCAAACACGCUAUGCGUGAUAAUUUUUUGUUGUUUAAUGAGCAGAUAUGAAGAAAGCACGGUAAUCCCAGUGGCUUCUCUAGGUGUAGUUGUGUGCAGUUCUCUUGUUGGCUGUGUGUGUGGACAUGUGUGAUUUCCCAAUGUACUGUACUGUGAUUUUUUUUUUUUGUCUCGUCUGUUUUAUUUCUUUUCGUUGUCUGUAAGCCUGAAUGGAUGCUGACCUAGUCAAGCUGGAAGAGUCAGGAUAUCCUUACUGCUUUGUGCUGGUGGAGGGCUGGCCCUACACAUUUGCCUCAUUCUUUCAACUCCAUCCAGGAAGAGGCAGACUUGCGGUAUGUCCAUGGCAUCUCUUAAGAUCAUUGGUUGCCAUCUAAACAACCCAACUUGCGCUUCAGAGGAAAUAAGUUCCUUCGUGUCGAUCAUUGUGAUGGAUAUUAGAACCUUAGGGUGUAGAACUAACAUCUGUUCAUCUUCAUUGGCAUUAAAGGAUUAGGUAAUAUGCAUAGUAGUGAGCCUUGGCUGGGCCUUGAGAAUAUACUCUAAGAGGUAUGCAGUAUUGUGCCUCUCUCGUGACCAACACACACAACCCACCCUUCCACCCCAAUGUAAGAGUGUAUUGCAAAUCUUUCGGAGAAGAUGGCCUGGGUAGAAAACCUGUUAAUUCUGGGCCCACAGUAAUCCUAGAGGCGAUGUUUUGAGUCCCUUCCAUUUAAACUUCUUCUCUCCUAAGUUGAACAGCUGAUUAGGGCUUUCUGGAUCUGUUUGCAUCUUUAAAAACAAACAGUGAGCGUCCAUCAUGGUGUGAUGCAUACAGAAUCAGAAGUUGUGUAGGAUAUGGCCUCAGGAUUCUUCUCAAUGUGUAUGUGUUCCAAGUGCACACGUCUCCCUCAUCUCCCCAUUAUUAGGGUUCUUGCAAGGUGACAUUGGUUGAAAAGCAGGAAGAUGCUAAUUACGUACACCUCACUAAAGAAUGUGUACAGAGGUGAAUCAACCAGGCCUAUUUUUUAAAGGUCUGCUUCUGUAUUGGUUCUGUUCUUUUGGUCUUAGGUUUGGGCUCCCUCACCUUUUAGACAGAGACCAGCAAAUGUCAAGGAAGUGCUUGGUGUCUGGCUCCCCUUCCAAAUGAACACCAGCAUCCUGUCUGCAGGCAAAAAGUCAAAGGAGAGGGUCAAGUCCCCAUUGGGCUAAAGCCUAAGCUACUGUGAGAAGCACACAGGUGGCAGCUCCCAUCAUUCCCUCUUAUGUUCCGUGGAUAUCUUAAUAGAAAGGUGAUGGGUCCCAGUAGUACUGGCAGUAUAGUAACCUCAUACCCUGGAACUCACUGCAAAACUGUAAGAUAUGAUUGAAAGCCACCUGUGGCUCCCAGGGGUGUGUGUGUGUGUGUGUGUGUGUGUGUGUGUGU